GUGGUUUUUGCAACAUGAGAAGCAGACCCAAAGACAACAACUACUUCAUUAGCUGGAAAACGAGACACAUUUUCUGAUCCUUUCUUCCUUCAAUGCCCUUCUAUUCGGUAUCCGUACUGGAAUGUGCGUGUGGGAAUGCUGAUCAAAAUUGGGAUUGAUGAAAAUUUCCUGAAAUCAAUAUCUGAUAUGUUAUACAUCUCAAAGCAUCUAAGAAAGACUAAUGAUACCUGCAACACUUUCUGGAAUGGGUUUAGAGGCAGGUAGCAAUAAUGACACUAUAAACAUGUUAGAUGAGCUUUGGCCUCUUAAUGUUAUUGAUCCAGAAAAGUCGAAGUUUCCAUGCUGUUUAGUUUGGACUCCACUUCCAGUUGUCUCGUGGCUGGCACCUUUUAUUGGACAUGUUGGCAUAUGUCGGGAAGAUGGCUCUAUUCUAGAUUUUUCUGGGUCUAAUCUUGUAAAUGUAAAUGAUUUUGCAUUUGGUGCAGUCGCCAGAUACUACCAACUUGACAGAAGACAGUGUUGCUUUCCUGCGAAUCUAUCUGGGCACAAGUGCGAGCAGCAUCGCUACAAGCAUCACGAGUUUGGGACUGCUAUAUCUUGGGAUGACGGUCUAGAAUCAAGUAUGCGUCACUACGAGAAUAAAUCAUACAAUCUCUUCACGUGUAACUGCCACUCGUUUGUGGCCAACUGUCUCAACCGCCUAUGUUGCGGUGGGUCAAUGAGCUGGAAUAUGAUUAACAUUGCUGCACUUGUACUGUGUAAGGGGCGAUGGGUGGAUGUGAAGUCUGUCCUUCGAUCUUUCCUGCCUUUUGUGGUGGUGGUUUGCCUUGGAAUUUACAUGGUUGGGUGGCUCUUCUUGAUUGCCCUGUUAUCUUUUUCUUUUAUGCUUCUUGCUUGGUUUGUGGUUGGAACCUAUUUUAUCAAGAACAUACUAGACUGUUAGAUGCAUGGCCAAAUUGUAAUAAAAAUUCUAACUUCUGUAAGUUGAAGAUGGCAGAAUGAUACAGUGAAGUGUAUAUUUAGAGGUUACGUUCAAACUCGAAUUUUGUGCAUGCUUGGUUUGGAUGGUUGUUUUUAGGAGGAAUGAAGUGUAUAUUUAUAGAAUUAUUUCAAAAUUCGUAUGUCAUGUUUUUCUGUUA